GGACCCAUCACUACAAUCGACCUAUCCCCAGGUGCAUGACUUUGGAGGUGGGAGGAAGCCGGAGUACCCGGAGGGAACCCACGCAGUCACGGGGAGAACAUGCAAACUCCACACAGAAAGAUCCUGAGGCCAGGAUUGACAUAAUAAUUACUAAACAAUAGUAGCAGCACGGAAAUAUUCAAUGUAAAAUACAUCGAAUCAAACAAGAACAUUAGAUUUUCUUUUUUUUUGCAGAUAUAAGAAUAGUUCAUUUUCAAUGUCCUUGAACGGGCAGGUUCUUCACAUAUAGGUGAAUGUCACUAGGCCAGAGGUUCCAGAACUUUCAGAGCCUAGGCCAGUGGUUCUUAACCUGGGUUCGAUCGAGCCCUAGGGGUUCGGUGAGUCGGGCUCAGGGGUUCGGCGGAGGUCAAGACACACCCGACUCAUCGUGUAAAUAAAAACUUCUCCCUAUCGGCGUAUUACGGAUACGGCAACAGCAGAAGUCACACUGAUUUGCAGGUGUGUAAUUUGUUGUGAGUUUAUGCACUGUGUUGGUUUUGUUGUUUGAACAAGGUAAUGUUCAUGCACGGUUCAUUUUGUGCACCAGUAAUAAGACAUGGUAACACUUUAGUCACACAUUAAGAGUGUUACUAAAACGGCAUUCUUUCAUCUCCGUAAUAUCGCUAAAAUUCGUUCCAUUUUGUCCACAAGCGACGCUGAGAUCAUUAUCCAUGCGUUCGUUACAUCUCGUCUCGAUUACUGUAACGUAUUAUUUUCGGGCCUCCCUAUGUCUAGCAUUAAAAGAUUACAGAUGGUACAAAAUGCGGCUGCUAGACUUUUGACAAAAACAAGAAAGUUUGAUCAUAUUACGCCUAUACUGGCUCACUUGCACUGGCUUCCUGUGCACUUAAGGUGCGACUUUAAGGUUUUACUACUUACGUAUAAAAUACUACACGGUCAAGCUCCUGCCUAUCUUGCCGAUUGUAUUGUACCAUAUGUCCCGACAAGAAAUCUGCGUUCAAAGAACUCCGGCUUAUUAGUGAUUCCCAGAGCCCAAAAAAAGUCUGCAGGCUAUAGAGCGUUUUCUAUUCGGGCUCCAAUACUAUGGAAUGCCCUCCCGGUAAAAGUUAGAGAUGCUACCUCAGUAGAAGCAUUUAAGUCCCAUCAUAAAACUCAUUUGUAUACUCUAGCCUUUAAAUAGACUCCCUUUUUAGACCAGUUGAUCUGCCGUUUCUUUUCUUUUCUUUUCUCCUCUGCUCCCCUCUCCCUUAUGGAGGGGGAGUUGCACAGGUCUGGUGGCCACGGAUGAAGUGCUGGUUGUCCAGAGUCGGGGCCCGGGAUGGACCGCUAGCCUGUGCAUCGGUUGGGGACAUCUCUACGCUGCUGACCCGUCUCCGCUCGGGAUGGUUCCUGCUGGCCCCACUAUGGACUGGACUUUCGCUGAUGUGUUGGAUCCGCUGUUGACUGGACUUUCACAAUAUUAUGUCAGACCCACUCGACAUCCAUUGCUUUCGGUCUCGCCUAGAGGCGGGGGGUUACCCACAUAUGCGGUCCUCUCCAAGGUUUCUCAGUCAUUCACAUUGACGUCCCACUGGGGUCGUCGUUCACCCCCGGCCCGCAGUGGCCAUCGCUGCGUUGCCGACAGCACCAACCUUUACGUGUUUGGGGGCUACAACCCUGACUAUGCCGAUCCGCUGUUCAGGGAGCUUUGGAGGUACCACUUUGCCACGGGUCGCUGGCAGCAAAUUCAAACACAGGGCUUCAUGCCCACGGAGCUUGCUUCCAUGUCAGCGGUUUUGCACGGCAACAAUCUCCUGGUGUUCGGCGGCACAGGGAUCCCAUUUGGUGAGAACAGCGGCAACGACGUCCAUGUGUGCAACGUGAAGUACAAGCGAUGGUCGCUGCUCAACUGUCGAGGGAAGAAGCCCAACAGAAUCUAUGGCCAGGCCAUGGUCAUCAUAAAUGGUUUCCUUUACGUCUUCGGUGGGACGACAGGGUACAUAUACAGCACUGAUCUGCACAGGCUGGACCUGACAAGCAGGGAGUGGAUCCACCUCAAGCCCAACAACCGCCCUGAUGACCUCCCAGAGGAACGGUAUAGACAUGAGAUAGCACAUGAUGGACAGAGGAUUUACAUCUUGGGAGGCGGGACUUCCUUGACGUCUUACCCACUGGACAAGAUUCAUGCAUACAAUCUGGAGACCAAUUCCUGGGAGGAGAUUGCAACAAAACCUCACGACAAAAUAGGGUUUCCUGCUCCUAGGAGAUGUCAUAGUUGUGUGCAAAUAAGAAACGAUGUAUUUAUAUGCGGAGGCUACAACGACGAAGUGAUACUGGCUGACCUGUGGAAGCUCAAUCUGCACACGUUCCAAUGGAGCAGGCUGCCCGCUGUGAUGCCUGAGCCCGCCUACUUUCACUGCGCCGCCGUUACGCCGACGGGCUGUAUGUACAUCCAUGGCGGCGUGGUCAACAUCCAUGAGAACAAGAGGACCGGCUCUCUCUUCAAGAUCUGGCUGGCAGUGCCUAGCCUGCUGGAGCUCUGCUGGGAAAAACUCCACCGCUCUUUCCCACAUCUGGCCACCUUGCCCGCCCUGCAGCUGCUUAACCUGGGCCUCACGCAGGAACUCAUCGAGCGCUUAAAGUAAUACUUUUGGGGAGAAAAAAAAAAAAAAGGAUCCUCCGUGGACGGAUGCCCUUAAAGCCAAAAACUAUGGGAUGCCUUCUUCUUUGCUGGGUCGACCCCCCCACCACCCACCAAUGCCUUUUUUUUUUUUUGCUGCUGAUUCGGAUCACUUUGCCAAAUCAAAAAAAGAUUUCCCAGAUAAAAGAAAAAUAGGACAUGAACUAUUUUAGAGACUGGAGCAUGUGUAUUUAUUACAGAAAGGACUCAUCCAGUUUGUCCACUCGCUAAUAUGUCAGGAUUUUGAUUUUUGAAAUGGACUAUUGGAAUUUUUUUUUCUUUUCUUUUUUUUACUUUAACUGACUCACUCACAUCAAAACAGCAGAAUGUUGCUCCCUCAUUGGUGAUUAUUUUUAAGUAUAAAGAGGAAAAAAAAGGCAAACACCUUACUGUGAAUUUGGUGCUCUUUACAACUCCUUUUUAAUGUUAAGUUGAGGAAGUUGCACUUGUAGCACACAGAAACUGCAGUGCCUUAAAAUAAGUGAUUAAUGUCAAUGGGGUUGCGGCAAAGUAACAAUAGGACACUUCUACUCGCUUAUAAAUAGGUUUUAAAAAUGCUGUACUUCAAAUAAACUGCUUCGAAUGACGAUAAGCUCAUGAUGUUGGUGUUCCACUUUGUAUGCAUGUGUUUACUUUUCCUGCUUUUAUUUUCAUUCCUGCAAAAAAAUUAAGAUUUUCUUCAGUAAGUGCUGAGAAAUUAUGUACUGUAUAUGUGUGACUAUUGUGUUGACUCGAUAAAUAAAAUUUGGGUGUACACCUUUAU